UUCGCUUCCAAGUACUUACUGGUUUCCACCGUCUUCCACUUUUUUUUUUUUAUUUUUUACAAAAAGUGGUGACUUUGUUAUUCAUAACUAGCAAUAAAUGGUGUCUUUUUGCUUAACAGUUGAGUAAAUCGUAUAAGCCAUCGGUCGACUAUCAGACGUUCUAGUCGAAUCACUUUGUUCCAACAAGCUGUUCCAACAAGCAUAUUCUUUGAACAACAAAACCCUAAGAAGGCUACAGUUAAUACAUACUGUUUACUGUCAACUAUUAGCGCUUACACCGCUUUACGUUCCAGCAGUUACACGUCAGGUACGAGUUGGGAUAAAAGUUCUUAAUCGGUACCCGACUCAACCUAGAUUCACCCGAUUCACCCAUCUAGACACGUCUAACCAGGUCUGACUGGGGUUUCGAAUACUUUCAGUACUUUCAGUAUACAUUUCCGCCACCCGUCCACCCGUCCACCCGGCUCCAGGGGGUUCAAGGUUGUACGUCCCACCGAUUGUUCCCCAUAUCCACUUGUACCUACAUCCAAUACUACAAUAAUACACAAUACAAGCCUUUUACACUCCAACAUUCCCACCCCGAUAAUAAAUAUAUAUCUUUUUAAAACUCCCACAUCCUUUCCUUCCAUUCCUUCUCUUUAACCUCGUCGUUCACUUAUCCCGAUACCCCCCUUCUCACCGAUCUCCGAGGGCCUUUGCUGAUUCAACUCUGCCCAUCUUCAGCUCCCGUCGAUUCUCAAACCAUGGCUUCUGCCACGACGGAUGCCUCAGGGCCCGUUGCCGCCCCGGCGUUUCCUGAUGGCACUAAGGACUACAAACCGUUGCGGUCGUCCAAGCUGCAUGACCCGAAGAAACCGCAUAUUUCCGAACUCCCUUUGACCUGGAGCAACUGGUAUAAACACGUCAACUGGUUGAACACUACCUUCAUCCUAUUCAUUCCCUUGGCUGGGUUGAUCAGCACGUACUGGAUUGAUCUCCAGUUGAAGACGGCUCUCUUCGCCAUUUUCUACUAUUUCAAUGCCGGUCUCGGUAUUACCGCUGGAUAUCACCGACUUUGGGCUCAUAGUUCCUUCAGGGCUUCGCUGCCUAUCAAGAUUUACCUGGCUGCUAUGGGAGCUGCCGCUGUUCAAGGUUCUAUCAGAUGGUGGUCAAGGGGUCACCGUGCUCACCACCGUUAUACGGAUACCGAGAAGGACCCUUACUCCGUCCGCAAAGGCCUCCUAUACUCUCACAUCGGCUGGAUGGUCAUGAAGCAGAACCCUAAGCGAAUUGGCCGAACCGAUAUCUCUGACCUGAACGACGACCCGGUUGUUGUCUGGCAACACAAGCACUACAUCAAGUCCGUCAUCACAAUGUCUCUCGUUCUCCCGACUCUGGUCUGCGGUCUUGGUUGGGGUGACUGGUGGGGUGGAUUCAUCUACGCUGGUAUCAUUCGAAUCUUUUUCAUCCAGCAGGCUACAUUCUGUGUCAACUCUCUUGCCCAUUGGCUCGGUGACCAGCCUUUCGACGACCGCAACUCUCCUCGUGACCACGUCAUCACCGCACUUGUCACACUUGGAGAGGGAUACCACAACUUCCACCACGAGUUCCCGUCUGACUACCGCAACGCCAUUGAGUGGUGGCAGUAUGACCCGACCAAGUGGAGCAUCUGGGCUUGGAAGAAGCUAGGUCUUGCCUACAACCUGAAGACAUUCCGUCAGAACGAAAUCGAGAAGGGUCGUCUCCAACAGAUGCAGAAGAAGCUCGACCAGAAGCGAUCCAAGUUAGACUGGGGUGUUCCUCUAGAACAGCUACCUGUUAUAGACUGGGAUGACUAUGUUAGCGAGUCCAAGAACGGCAAGGCUCUGGUCGCCGUUGCCGGUGUUAUCCACGACGUCACCGAUUUCAUCAAGGAUCACCCUGGCGGCAAGGCUCUUAUCUCAUCCGCCAUUGGAAAAGACGCUACUGCUAUCUUCAACGGUGGUGUCUACGACCAUUCGAACGCUGCCCAUAACCUCCUGUCUACCAUGCGUGUCGGUGUUCUUCGAGGAGGCUGUGAAGUCGAAAUCUGGAAGAAGGCACACAUGGAGAAAGAAGGCGCCUUCGUUACCGACUCAUCUGGCCGACGAAUUGUCCGUGCCGGUGACCAAGUCACGAGAAUCUCUCAGCCACUCGCCGGUGCCAAUGCGGCUUAGGCGGUUAAUGAAGUUAAUGAUAGGUUCGGGUCGCUUGGACGGAUGAUGACCUUGGUUAAAAAUUUAUGUACAUAAAAAGGCCAUGCGGUAUAAGCAUGUUGACGCAACUCGUCCUCCGGCGUUUAGAGGAAAUCGGUGAAAAGGGGCUCACUACUAUGCAAUUCGAUGGGCGUUGGCGUAUCACUUACGACAGACUGAAUGAUUACAAAUUUGGACUGAUAUGAGAAAGAAAACCUCUAGCAUAAAUCGAACAUGACGUUGAUUUAGACUUGAAGUAUUUUGAUUCACUAGUGAUAUUGUCGAGUUUGAACUCGAUGCUUUGCGAUGGGUUAUAAUAGUGCACUGGCCAAUAAGUGACAAUGUAAGAGAGUAUUGUAGGAGAAACUUGAUAAUUCUAGGACUACUUACAUUAAUAGAGGAAGGAUUUGAGGUGUUGUGCUGUACUCUCUACCUCAUCUUCAAGCCUCUGCUUACACAUACAUAUAUAAAGUGUAUAGCAACUAACCAGCU